UUUGUUGCUCCACAAUUUUCCUCUUCACAACCGUCUUCUUCGAUUCACCUCCCUCCGGCCAGCUGUCCAGUCUCCGGUGCGGCAUUUCCUUGUCCACGCGGCUUUAUUAUAUCCAGUGGCUCGGCAUUGGAAUGCUGCUAGUGCUGGCCACGGCGAACAAUGAUGUUUCUCAACGAAAACGAAGACUCUGAUCAAAGUAUUUCUGAAGAUGAAGAUGUAGACUAUAAAUGGUCAAGGAACAUUGUUUCCUUAGGCAGUGCUUCUGAGGACAAGGGAAAUAUACAGAUUCUUUCGCAUCUUGAGACGCUGAAAGAUGUUCACAACCUUGAUUGCGCAACGAAGGUUACCAUUGAAUGUCAACAGAGGCAAAAAAAUAUAUGUAUUGAAGAUGAUGUUGAGCAUCCUGUUUUCAACAAUGAGGAUCAUUUUGGUAUGGCUUCUGGUUGCAAUUCAGAUGAGAAAAUUGGCAUCUUUCCUGUGUUGGAACAAAUUUGCAGUUCUGAAGAGGAAAUUAUUUCUGAAGAUGAGAAGAUUCUUGCUGGAAGUGUAAAAUGCAAGAGGGAGGGCUCACCAUCAAGAGCUGGUGGACAUACUGAGGCAGCACUCUAUUUAAAUGAAAAUUCUGGCUCUUCAUCUGUGUGUGGUAUCUCACCAAAACUAAUGAAUCCAUCUAAUGGAAACCAGGGGAAAACCAAGCACAAAUUUUUAUUUCGUUUCAACAGAAAGAAGGAAGGCAUUCCUUUUGUUGCCCAUGAUACCAAUAAAAGUAACACGUCAUUAUCUCUGCUUCCACAAAGUGUAGAAUUAGACACAGCUCCAUGUAUGUUUGGGAAAAAGUUGACAGAGGACUUGUUGGAUAAUAUGCAACAAAAUGAAAUAGAACUGAUAGAGAAUGAUGCAGUGCCAUCUGAAAUAGCAGUUGAACACAAAUCCAGUGAGCGUUCAAUGGCUGAGCUUCUGGAUUGUUUUCAGGAGAAGAGGGGUUUGCAGUUUGAGAAUUCUAUAAAUCAUAGUAAUAUAAAAGGAAGAAGGGUAAAGAAUUUUCCAAAGAGAAAUAUAUCAACACUGGGUGAUAGGAAUGUAAUUGAUGAUGACAUACCCGAAGCACUGGAUAGUGAACCGCCAAUGGAUGCUGAGGAAAUUCCUCAAGUUUUGAAAUCUGUUGCCCCUGAGAGAACCAUUGCUGACCAAUUUCAUGAAGCUCUAGGAAGUGCGUCUAUGAAUGAUAGAAGACCAUAUAUUUCAGUAUCUGGGCAACAUUGUGGUGGGUUAUUUGCAAACUUGCAAAGGGUGAUGCUGAGUGAGAAGGAAAGAGAUAUUAAUUUCUUGAACCACUUGCAAAUGGAUACUGAUUCGAAUGGUGAGAAAGUCUGUAUUGAUGUGAGGAUUUUGUCAAGCUCUUUAGAGGCAAAGCUGACUAUUUGUCAUUGCACUUUCAAAGAAGACGAUGAGAGCUCCGACUUGCUAAAUCAUCCCAAUUUGAAAAGGACUAAAGGAGGAAGUGUUUUAACUGUUAUUUUUAGUUCAAGAGUAUGUAACGAUGUUGAGCUUGAUAAAGGGAACCUCAUCCGCAUUUACCCUCCUUGGAAGGAGGUACAUGCUAAAGAAAACGAUGAGGUCAUCAUUUUAUCUAGAUAUUUUUCAAGAAUCAGCUCUGAUCAUAUUAUGUUUUAGUAUGAUAAAAGAGUUAAAGAACUUUAAGGUGAUAUCGAAGUUUUGAACUUUAAUUUUUAACUGUGGAAUAUAAAUUUUCCUAGAAUGUACAUUGUGGACUUGUGCUUGCACCCAUUGGAUGUGCCUUGUGCAUUGGUUCGUAAUAUGCGUACAAUAUAAAUCUAUGAAUUGUGAGUUUGGGAUGCGUA